GGGUGCCAGCUCCCAGGGAGACCAGGCCUGAAACUUGAGGAGGGGGUAUUGGGAACGUCUGGCUGUUUACAGCUGGGAGAUUAAGACCAACAAGAAUAAUAUAGUAAUUUUGUGAUAGUACAUCAUCUGAAUUGUACCUGUUUUCUGGCAGAUUUUCCUUUUAGCUUCUAGAACUAGUGCUUACUAUCGCUAAGCAAUUUCUGCCCUCCUCCCUGUUUGGAGGCAUAUAUAACAUAAUAAGGUUAGUGAGCAAGUGCCCGACUGGGGACAGGGUUUUGCAGUGGUCCGAGAACUGAUGCCGUCUGCCUCUAUGGAGAGUCGGCGGAGGCCAGAGAGCCUAGAGGAGCAUGUGCCUCCCCUUUCCUUUCCAAGCCAAGCCUGCCCGGAGUGGAUUCAUCGUGUGUCUCAGUGGUGCGAGUUCCUGGAUGUCUGAUGGGCCAUAAUUCGGUUGUCAGAACACCAGUGCCUUCAAGACCCAAAAAGAGAAGUUUGAGGGUUUUUUAUCUGCUCCCAUGGGUGGUCUUUGCUGCCGGUGUCCUUGGUUCGUGGCGGAAACCGACGUUUGAGUGCAGUGCCCUCACCUUGCUCCCCAAGCAGCUUUUUCACUCGAGAGUUGAAAGUGCUCUUUCCCAUUGUUGUUUUGUGUCCCUCCUCCAGGAAACACAGCCUGAGCAGGGCCUUCUGCUUUCUUCCUCCUUUCUCCGUGGCCCGUCCCCUCUCCCAGCGCCUGGGCUGGCUGAUCUGGACCUAGACCGAGAGAUGCAGGCUAGAACUGAGGGCUCCUUUAAGAAAAGGAAGAGCCCGUGUGUGCUGGCUGACACCCCCAGGCCUCUCACGGGCUCUCUGCCCAGCAAGCUGCAGCCGCUCUUCAAAGGCCAAGCUUCCCGAACCCACCAGAUCUUUGCCGACGUGGAGAAAAUCUUAGGCAGGGCCCCAGCCCACUGCAGGACAGAAUUAGGUGACCAGCAGGGUCUGGAGAAACCCCAGCCGCUGACAGAGAACAUCUAUCUGGGGUUUUCAGACCCUGAAAUAGAAGAGCUGGAGAUGAGGAGCAGACAGCUGAAACCUGGCGCUCUGGGCCCUGACGACACCGGGCCCUUCCAGAACAGGCAGGAUGCAUUAGAGAGCAAGACACAGGCCUCUGUCCAUGCGAAGCUUUCGGAGACCCUCAAGGGCCCGCAGCUGAGAAGGGAGGAGCACAGGCAUGACGUGGCCGAACGGAGCUCCACUGGCCCUGAGGGGGACAAGGGCCAGAGCCCCGUUCCCUCACCAUCCCCCGAGGAGGCCCCCUCACUGUCCCCUUGUUCUUCUGACCCCAUGCUGCUCACCGGGAAGAGCAAGUUGUUGUUGUUAGACAGCAACCCAGCUGAAGACCAGAGCUGGCAGAGUGUUUCUGGGGAAGCGGGGAGCGUGGGCAGAGGCAGGAGGAGAAGAGAGCCCCCAGGACUGUGGAUGGGGCAGGUUUCCAAGCUUGUCCACAGGGAUGCCUCCAGGGGCAGCAAGGAAACCGAGCCUGAUGACCCUGAGGCUCCAGGGGCCUCAGCUGGAGGUCCACCCCAGGGGCUGUUGCUAACACCCCCUGAUACCCUAGCCUCAGAACUGGUCCAGAGCGUCCCUGCAGGGAGUGCUCCCGGGGGGCCUCCUGCCAUUGAGGAGAACCCAUCCCCAGGCUCUCCAGAGCCCCCCCAAGAGGACAGGAGGCCGAGCGGGUGUGAGCCCGACUUGGAAAGCAGCAGCAGCCUGGCCUCUCGCCUUGGCUCGGAGGUCCUGGGGGAGGUGACCAACUUCCCGUGGGAUCUGCAGAGCCCGCGGGGGUUUGAGUGGGGCAUGGGUGAGUCAGGCCCCGGGCCCAUAGAGCAGCACCCCAGCGCCUUCUUGGCGCCCCAGCUGCUUCCCAUGCAGAGCUCCGCUGAGGAGCAGUCAGAGAGCGAAGACUACUCUGAGGACCAGAGGUUCUACCAGCACAUCCUGCAGAUGGUCAAGAUCUCCCGGCGGCUGGAGGGCCUGGGGCUGCCCGAGAGCGCGCAGGAGAUGCCGGGCCAAGACCUGGCCAGCAUGAUCUGCUGCCUGGCUGCUGAGUCUUCCAGGCUGUCUAGCGAGGCUGAGCAUGAGGCCAUCAUUGCCACGGACUCCGGGCUUCUGCCUUGGGGGCCGGAGCCACGGGAGCGUCCUCCAGAAGUGGACGUUGCCCCAGCCGCGCAGGAGGCCUCUCGUCUCCGGCCCGGCAGCAGCCCCCUCAGGCAGGGGCUGGUCGAGCUGAGUUCCAGCAGAGGGCUUGCAGCAGAGCCAGGCAAGAUGCAGCUUCUCGACCAGGUAGGCGUCUCAGAGGGCAUCACGACCUUCAGGCCCAGUGAACUUGGCAGGCAGGGAGCAGGUUGUGCUGACAGUCUGAACCCAGCCAUCAGGUCAGCUUUCCUGUUGUCUGUCCUCCCUCAGUGACCAGGGAGCCCUUAGCCACCCGGGAUGGCCAUCCUGUGGGAUGACAUGCAUUUCCUAUUUCUUCUACCUCAUCACCUACAAGAUGGGGGCAGAGGAUGUCUGGACUUCCCUUCCCUUGAUCUGACCAUACUUCACGGGUGCUUUACGUGCUCUGAAGAUGAUCCGUUUUGAGGGUGAGUAAGGUGGCACAGAUCAUGGCAUUCCUGCACGACGUAGGUACUGUUCCAGGCUUUGGACGCCUUCCACAUGAGCUGAUAGUGUAGAGAGGUCCUCCCAAGAAGAUACCCCGCCCCCAGCCUCUGAACUUAGUCCCUUCUCGGAAUCACUCAGAAUUAGUGAGUUGCCAUGCCGAGGGUCACAGAGACUCAGACACAACUGAAGAGACUCAGCACAGAGAGUUAGUACUGUCCUGCGGUAUGACGUGCCCAGUUGCUCCCUUGUGUCCCGGCUCUUGGCGAUCCCAUGGGCUGUAGCCCGCCAGACUCCUCUGUCUGUGGAAUUUUCCUGGCAAGAAUACUGGAGUGGGUUGCCAUUCCCUACUCCUGACCCGGGGGUCGAACUUGAGCUUCUCACAUCUGCACUGACAGGCAGGUUCUUUAACCGCUAGCGCCACCUGAGAGGAGAGGCUGAAGCCCGGACUCUCUUCUGCUCCGUGGCUGCUUCUGCUCCUUCCUUCCCAGGGUUUCCAGAACCAUGUGAAUAGCCUGUGUCAGGCUUGCACAGACCACGUCCUCCCCUAGUGGGAUCUGCCAAAGAGUGGGCUUGCCCUGUCAUUCGGGGCCCUUUGUCCCUUUAAAGAAUUGUCACCUUCUUCAUUCUGAAGUCAAAUAGGAUCACAGACCAUGGGGUUUAUCUGCAUUCCCUGGCUGCUUUUGCUAUUGCCCAGCUGUGGCUUUACCCAGUUGUUACCUCAGUUCCUAAUUGCUGGCAUGCCUGGGUCCUCCGUUAGCUCUAAUAACCCCUGUAGCACUAUAAACAUCAGAUAAGCUGCAGAUUAUCCUGCAAAGUUUUAAUUAGCCCAAUGGCGGCAAGUUUAUCCGCUCUGAAGGACAAUGCCAGGCACAGCUCUUAGCCAGAGUUAAUGGCCAUCUAUAGAAACUGAUCAGCUAGGGGCCAGGAAUGUAUAAUUUCUCUACUAACUGCUCAUGUGGUCAAGGCCCGGGAGAACAAAGCCCUCAGCGGGCCCAUCUCCCUCCCUCAGGCCCCCAGCACGUUAGCAAAUUAGCCAUGUCAGGAAUCUGUAAUUUUCCAUCAAUACAGUGUGGGAAGAAUUUUGCUCACUGAUCUGCUGGGUGGGCUGGGCGGCUGGGAGGAGCCGGCCAGGUUUGCUCAGAGUAUACCGCAGAGCAGCUCUCCCGGGCUCCUUUUUCGCCACAGCCAGUGUGAGAUAGCGGCUUAGACACUGUCCUGCUUCUCAUAUCUACUCCUGUGGUUGCUGGCCUCGCGAUUUGGGGCAGGCAGAGGUCUUGACCUCACCAAUCUCCAUUUGCUUUUGUGGGGACUGGGGCCUCAGAUGGUUCUGAGAGCAGAAUGAGACAGGUGCUUUUACCUAGGGGCCCAGGACUCAGGCAAUGUUGGCCAGUUUUAUUAUUUUCAGCUCCUUUUCUGCCUCGAGAAGAUACCCUGCAACAGGCUAGAUGACUGGGAGUCUCUUUGGGUUGGCCAAAAAGUUUGUUUGGGCUUUUUUCCAUAAGAUGAUACAGAAAAACCCAAACGAACUUUUAGCUAACCCAAUACAAAGGUUUGGGGUUGAGGGGGUGGUGGGCAGUGGGUGGUCUCAUGUCACCUUUCAGCUGAGAGUCUAACGCCCUUCUUGGGCAGAAACAGGUUGUGUUUGGAACCCACCCAAUGGUCUGGCCUCAGGCCCGGCCGCAGGUAAGAAGACAGGCCACCUGAACCUCUCAUCUUGACCCCCUCGGGUUCCCCUUUCUCUUUUCAGUCACUGUGGGAUUAGGAAUGGAAUUUUUGUUUUAUACACAUUUUAACUUUGAGAAAUGGAUUUUGAGGAGCUCAUUGUAAACUGUCACCUGCCUCAGUUUCUGAGCCCAGACCAUUGUAAUACAAAUCUGUCAUGAUAGCAAUUCCAUAGCACUGGGGUAGCCCAGGUCACAUAGAUGCACUAGGGUAACCUGGACCACACACACAUGCCCUGGGAUAGCCCGCGCCACGCACACACGUGCCCUGGGAUAGCCCGCGCCACGCACACACGUGCCCUGGGAUAGCCCGCGCCACGCACACACGUGCCCUGGGAUAGCCCGCGCCACGCACACGUGCGCUGGGAUAGCCCGCGCCACGCACACGUGCGCUGGGAUAGCCCGCGCCACGCACACGUGCGCUGGGAUAGCCCGCGCCACGCACACGUGCGCUGGGAUAGCCCGCGCCACGCACACACGUGCCCUGGGAUAGCCCGCGCCACGCACACACGUGCCCUGGGAUAGCCCA